CCGUUCAUACCUUUUGGCUAUAAGAACGGUUCGCAAUCCCUUUGCUCUUUUCUCUCUCUCUCUCUCCCUCCCUCCCCGGAAUCGUCACCUUCGUAUUUCUUCUUCGACGACCGCCGCACCACCUCACCGGAACGGCUCCUCAUUUCCACCGUCGCCACCUUGCCUCAUUUGAAUAGGUUUCUUGUUGUUAUGUGAAGUUUUGGCAUCUGAGUGAGCCAUUGGAAGCAGGAAAUGGUUAAAAGGCAUGGAGUGUUUUGAUUAUCAAGCGAUAUCAUGUUGCAGUGCGUAGGGGGAUUUUUUGCUUCCCUAGUAAGGUGUUGUGAUCUUGACUUGUAUAGACAAUCGAGAGGUCUUGACGAUCCUGAACUUCUAGCGAGGGAGACUGUGUUCAGUGUAAGUGAAAUAGAGGCACUAUAUGAGCUCUUCAAGAAGAUUAGCAGUGCCGUCAUUGAUGAUGGCCUGAUCAACAAGGAGGAGUUUCAACUGGCAUUAUUCAAGACGAAUAAAAAAGAGAGCCUAUUUGCUGAUAGGGUGUUUGAUUUAUUUGAUACAAAACACAAUGGAAUAUUAGGCUUUGAAGAGUUUGCUCGUGCGUUAUCUGUAUUUCAUCCCAAUGCCCCAAUUGAUGAUAAAAUAGAAUUUUCUUUCCAAUUGUACGAUCUUAAGCAGCAAGGUUUCAUAGAGAGACAAGAGGUGAAGCAAAUGGUAGUGGCUACCCUUGCGGAAUCUGGUAUGAAUCUUUCGGAUGAUGUUAUUGAGAGUAUAAUUGAUAAGACUUUUGAAGAAGCUGAUACAAAACAUGAUGGAAAGAUCGACAAAGAAGAGUGGAGAAACCUUGUUAUGCGACAUCCAUCUCUCUUAAAGAACAUGACCCUUCAAUAUCUCAAGGACAUCACCACCACUUUCCCAAGCUUCGUCUUCCAUUCACAAGUUGACGAUACCUGAAGUUGUGAUUGUGAUUGUGAUCGUGAUCGUGAUCUGCUGAUAAAGUAUAUCAAUUGCAUUUAGAUCAUGGUUUGCCCUACUGUAAACGUUAUAGGCCACUUCUUAGAGGGGCAAACAUUGAAUUUUCACUCCACAUGGGUUGUUCUUUGGGUCAUUUUGGGUCUUGUUUAUUCAGUGACUGAAUUAUUGUAUUUUAAGCACGAGACAGGCAGAACUCUGGUUGCUUUUGUUUGCAUUCUUGGCUGAGUUUUUCUUUAGUAUGGAAGUGUUUAUCAAUUAAGCAUCUCUUGAGAAAGAAAAGUGGUCGUUGAUGUUAUCAGAAUGUUGAAAUAUAUAGCAAAGGGUUGGAUUAUGAGAACAUACGACGAAGAAGUUAAUCUCU